AGUUGAUAAAUGAUAUAAACUGGGCAUGAACUAGCCAGUAAAGCUGUAAAGGGGUUGAAGACGAGCCUCGAGAUGAGUGAAGAAAAAGCUACGACAAUGGAGAAAGAAACAAACAAGCUAAAAAGUCUCAGAGUUUUCAGGUAGUGGGUCAGUCGAGGACAGUAGAUGCUCCCUCUUGGUCUGGAUACGCAGCUGCCGUCGCUCACUAUGAAAGCCAAACCAAUGAGUUGCAUGAGACGAUACGCGGAGACUGAAGAGCCACUUCAAAGUUAUCCGGUAAUAUGGAGACCAUGGAUUCCCUGUCACAGAGAAACUGGACUUCCAGAUAAAUUUGGCCAAGGGAAUGUGUCAUCAAGAACCAGACAGAUGACCAAAGGUGCCCAUGGAUUCCAACACCCUGUCAGGCUCUUCAUGCCAAAGUCCAGGACUGAGGAAUAUCUGUCUCAUUUGGGGAAGAAGGUCUUGGACAGUUUCCCUGUCCAAGCCACUCUCCACUUCUACAACGAUGACUCCAGCUCUGAGGAAGAGGAUGAUGAAGAUAUGGAGGAAGAGCUGGAGGUUAAUUCACUCAGUUUGGAUCACAGGUCCCAUCCCCUCAGAGAGAAUUCAUAGGUAGUUAGUCUUUGCUGUUUUGGAAACAAGCAGGGGUGAUUGGACAAGGGAGAGAGACAGUGCAGCAGGUCACAGGAGAUAUGCUACUUCAAUGGUGAGGGUCUAGUAGAGGAUCCAAGGUGUUCACCUGAGACAGCCACAGGAAGCCGGGAAAGGCCAGGUCACUGGCUGCAGUUGGCCUCACUGAGGGGAUUCUGUUUACACCAGCUCAGUGUCAACACACCUUUAACCCAGAUAUGGCCAUUUUCCUUGACAACGUCCUAUGUUCUCAGGACCUUGUCAUGCAAACUCAAGUUGGCCUUGUGCUGGUCCCUCCUUUUUUGUUUGUAGUGAAACAUUUUCUCUGCUUUCUAUCUUUUGUAUUUAUAAUGAUUUUUUAUUUGUUUAUGAAAAAGUGUGUUAUAAAUUGCUGGACAUUUGAGUUACUGUGUAGAUGGUUUGUUGGUUGAAAUGUAAAGAAUGUAUGUGGAUAGAAUUGAGUAUUAAUGUGCUUAGCUAGUGAGUGAAUAUGUUGGUAUGGAUGCAAAGUAAACUUAAAAGGCCUUUUUCUUUAUUCAUUUCAAUUAUUUUAGCAUUUGAGUUAAGCAAUAAACAUUUAUUUGA